AUACAUUAAAACAUUUGUAUUAAUUGAGAAAAAUCUCAACUGGGAAUAAGAGUGCAUCUUUAAGCCUUGUUUGAGCCUUCUAUUGGUGACCUCCUUCCCCAAUCCGUGUAAGAUACACAACUUCUGUGUGCGGCUUCGGAAGCGGGAUAUGUCGGAUGGAGUUCUAAGAGAUAUUGUCGAAGCUUGUCCCAUAGUAUGGGGAAUAUAAACCGAGAGGUGAAGAAAAUGAAGGCGUUUUGGGGUUGUUUGGUGUUGGUUUUCUCCGUUCAAAAAGCCUGUCCAUUCGUGUGCUUGAAGUGUUCAUCAGCUAUUGGAGCAGCGGAAUGCACAACAAUAGAAAUUUGCGGCCCGCAUGAGGUAUGCUUUUCGGACGCAUUUUCAACGGCAUCUGGUAUACGCCGAGAAUAUGGCUGUCGAGACUCACAGAUGUGUACCAGCCAGCUUAUUGGACGACGGCGAAAUUCUCAAGAAGGCCUAUUGGCUUGCUCACAAUGUUGCCAUGGUGAUGUUUGCAAUUCCAAGCUCUGUGGAGAAACUGGCGCUCAGUCGCUGGGAGGACCAACAUGUUUCGCCUGCGACCAGCUACAAGAUCCGGAUGCCUGCAAUCACAUUUGGCACUGUGGACGAGAUGAGGUUUGA